AUGUCUAAGGGCAAGAAAACAGCUUCACGCGAAAGAUCUGCUUUUCAACGCCCAAAAACCGUUGACUUUCGCGCGAAAUCUAAGGUGCAAGAUACAGAUUCGCAGGAUGCAUCUGGCGAGGUCGGUACUGUGUCUGGACACGAACUGAAGCGCAUUGCUAGUAAUUUGCUCAAAGUUCGGGUGACUCUUCCGGUCUUCAAGUACAAAGAUGCGAUUUUGGAGCAUCUAGACUUGAAUCAGGUGGUGAUCUUGAUUGGCGAGACUGGUUCUGGUAAGUCAACGCAGAUCCCGCAGUUUUUACUUGAAAAGCUCGCUUUGGACCACGGUUCGAAGCGUAUCGCAGUGACUCAGCCACGUAGGGUGGCAGCUAUCAACUUGGCCACACGUGUUGCUCAGGAAUACGGCUGCCGUUUGGGCGACCGAGUUGGGUACUCAGUGCGUUUCGACAACAAGAGCAAUGUCAGAACGAAGCUCAAAUAUCUUACCGAUGGUAUGCUCCUGCGUGAAAUCAUGCUGGACAGGUUUCUUUCGGACUAUUCGUGUGUGAUCAUCGAUGAGGCUCACGAACGUACGAUCUUGACAGACCUGAUCUUAGGUUUUCUGAGAGAGCUUACCUGCGGUCCAAGGCCUGAUCUUAAGGUUAUUGUCAUGUCGGCUACCUUGCAAGCAGAGAAGUUUAGCGAAUUUUUCAAUGGGGCGCCAAUUCUUUUCGUCGAAGGUCGUAAAUAUCCCGUACAGCGAAACUAUCUGAGAGUGCCCUGUGACGACAUUGUAGAUGGCAUUAUUCGCUGCUGCGUCCAAAUCAACCAUGGUGAGCAGCUGGGAGAUAUACUGUGUUUCAUGCCGGGGCAGGAGGAGAUUGACAAGGCUGUAAUUGUUCUCAACAAAAUUAGCGAGCAUCUUGGCUCCUCUGUGCCGCGAUUGAUAGGCUACCCACUUUAUGCUGCGCUGCCGCCUGCAGACCAGGCUAAGGUUUUUUUACCUCUCAAAGGUUUCAAGCGAAAAGUAGUAUUUUCCACUAAUUUGGCUGAAACCUCGGUUACCAUCUCAGGUGUCAAAUUCGUGGUCGACUCGGGACUCCGCAAAGUUAAGGUCUGGAGACACCAGCUAGGGCUUGCGACUCUUCUGACCGUCCCGAUCUCGAAGGCAAGUGCGUCACAAAGAACUGGUCGUGCAGGCAGAGAAAGCGCCGGAAAAUGCUUUAGACUGUACAGAGAGCAAGACUACCUAAAAUUGCCUAAGCAAACAGAACCCGAGAUUGCAAGAAGCGAGGUGACGUCUCCUGUUUUGAUGCUAAAAAAGAUAGGUGUUCAUGAUAUUGUGAACUGGUCGUGGUUAGAAAACCCUGGUCGAGAGGCUAUUGUGCUUGGAUUGCAAGAGCUGUACCAAUUAAAAGCGUUAGACGACGCUGGUAAGAUUACUACCAAGGGACAGCAUAUGGCACUACUUCCUUUGGCUCCACAUCUCAGUUGCGUGCUCUUGCAAGCGCAUGAAUCGGGCUGUUUGCUUCCUGUCAUUGAUGUAGUAUCGUGUCUCAGCGUUGAGAAUCUACUUAUGAACCCACUGCCUGAGCAACGGGAUGAAGUGAAUGAAAAGCGAUUCGCUGUGGCCAAUCAAGGAUCCAAGUUCGGAGACUUGGUAUUGAUGAAGGAACUCUACAACGCCUACGUGUCCCUGAGAGACGCUCCUGAGCGGGACGCUUGGUGCCAAGAUCUCUGUAUAUCAAAAAGAGGAUUCAGAAAUGUUGUCAAGGUGCGGGCCCAGCUUAUUUCAUACAUGGAGAGGUUGUUCAAGACGAAAGUGCAUGAUCCACAGGAUGAAGAGGACAAGGCUAAAUUUGACGUUAAAGCGCUGACACAAUGCUUCUUAGCCGGAUUUGCUAAAAACACUGCUAUAGGAAUGCCAGAUAGGUCCUUCCGAACAAGCACUACAGGGGAAACCAUUUCCGUGCACCCUUCAUCAAUGCUGUUCAUGGACAGAUCAUGUCCGGCCAUCCUGUACACCGAGUACAUUUUUACUACGAAAGGAUAUGCCAGAAAUGUGAGUCGAUUAGAAUUGUCCUGGUUGCAGGAGAUGGUGGGUAUGUCAGGCAUAAAAAUCAGCGCCAGAUAG